CCCGCAGCUGGUGCUGUGGGGCCGCGGAGCCGCGCGUCGCUGUCUCUAUGGCCCCGGAUCCCAGCGCAAAGGUGAGGAAGGCGGAGAGUGCGGGCAGCCCGCGGGGCCAGGCCCGGGCCGGGGGUCGGGGACCGGGCAAAGCCUUCUCCACGUCCAUUCCACCCUACGAGCUGGGCCAGGCCUUUCUCACUGCCAAGACCCCCAGUCCUGCAUAAAGGCUUUAGAGGGGCACGGGCCUGGCCUCGGGUCGCGCGGGGCGCAGACCGCCGCCGCGGAGUCUGGGACUGGAGCGGGGCGGGGACCCGCGUGGCGAACGGUGUUCCCCUGGAUCUGGGUCACGUCUCUCGGCGUCCGGCGCGAUCGAAGGAGAGCUUGUCCUCGAGCUGCAGCAAUAGAGACUGAGAAAACGGACCUCAAAGAACCAGGACUAGCCCUGCUAUCAGGGGCAAGGUGACCCAUCAGUAACCUACGAACUCUCUAUGACUCCACAACUUCCGUUUACCAUGAAGUUUGCAUUUGAUGCAGAAAGGCAUGUGAUCCAUCCUUCCCUCUGACCUCGUAGCUGUGAUUCCAUGGCCACACAACCCUGUGGCUCCAUGACCCCUCCAUUCCAGGAUCCUCCCUGGCCCCAUGACUUCUUGACCCCAUGGCCUCAUGACCCCUGACCUUCCACGUGACCUUCCUAGACUUUGACCCCUGUGACUGUGUUUCCCAUCGCUUCCUGUGGCUCUGGCCUUGGCUACCCUUGGGGGUCUUGUUGGUCUGGGCCUCCCCAGGAAGAUGUGGGGGAGGCUUUGGUCCCUCCUCCUGAGCCUCCUCGCAGCAACAGCUGUCCCUGGACCCUCCCUGCGGCGACCUUCCCGAGAACUAGAUGCCACCCCACGGAUGACCAUUUCCUAUGAAGAGCUCUCCGGGACCCGGCACUUCAAGGGCCAAGCUCAGAACUAUUCAACAUUGCUGUUGGAGGAGGCCUCUGCAAGGCUGCUGGUGGGAGCUCGAGGCGCCCUGUUCUCUCUCAGUGCCCAUGACAUAGGAGAUGGGGCUCACAAAGAGAUCCGGUGGGAGGCCUCCCCAGAGAUGCAAAGCAAAUGUCAUCAAAAAGGGAAAAACAACCAGACUGAGUGUUACAACCAUGUCCGGUUCCUACAGCGGCUCAAUGCCACCCACCUUUAUGCAUGUGGGACUCAUGCCUUCCAGCCCCUCUGUGCAGCCAUUGAUGCCGAGGCCUUCACUCUACCAAGCAGCUUCGAGGAGGGGAAGGAGAAGUGUCCUUACGACCCAGCCCGCGGCUUCACAGGCCUCAUCAUUGAUGGAGGCCUCUACACAGCCACACGGUAUGAAUUCCGGAGCAUUCCUGACAUCCGCCGGAGCCGCCACCCACAUUCUCUGAGAACUGAGGAGGCCCCAAUGCACUGGCUCAAUGAUGCUGAGUUUGUGUUCUCUGUGCUGGUACGGGAGAGCAAGGCCAGUGCAGUGGGUGACGAUGACAAGGUUUACUACUUCUUCACGGAGCGUGCCGCCGAGGAAGGCUCCAGCAGCUUCACUCAGAGCCGCAGCAGCCACCGUGUGGCUCGUGUGGCCCGUGUGUGCAAGGGAGAUCUGGGAGGGAAGAAGAUCCUGCAGAAGAAGUGGACAUCCUUCCUCAAGGCUCGUCUCAUAUGCCACAUUCCACAGUAUGAGACACUGCGUGGGGUCUGCAGCCUGGAUGCUGACACCUCAGCCCGCACACACUUCUAUGCCACUUUCACACUGACCACACAGUGGAAGACCUUGGAGGCCUCAGCCAUCUGCCGCUAUGACCUGGCCGAGGUGCAGGCUGUCUUCGCAGGGCCCUACAUGGAAUACCAGGAUGGUGUCCGGCGCUGGGGUCGCUAUGAGGGUGGGGUGCCUGAACCCCGGCCUGGUUCGUGCAUCACAGAUUCAUUGCGCAGCCAAGGCUACAACUCAUCCCAAGAUUUGCCAUCCCUGGUCCUGGACUUCGUGAAGUUGCACCCACUGAUGGCUCGUCCUGUGGUACCCACACGUGGACGGCCCCUGCUGCUCAAACGAAAUGUGCGCUAUACACACCUCACAGGAACACCCGUCACCACACCUUCUGGAGUCAUCUAUGACCUGCUCUUUCUGGGCACAGCUGAUGGCUGGAUCCAUAAGGCCGUUGUCCUGGGCUCUGGGAUGCACAUUAUCGAAGAGACACAAGUGUUCAGGGAGCCCCAGUCUGUGGAGAAUCUAGUCAUCUCUCCAAUGCAGCACAGCCUCUACGUGGGGGCCCCAAGUGGAGUCAUCCAGCUACCACUGUCCAGCUGCUUCCGCUACCGUUCCUGCUAUGACUGCAUUCUAGCACGGGACCCCUACUGUGGCUGGGACCCCAGCACCCAUGCCUGCGUGGCAGCCACCACCACAGCCAACAGGACAGCACUGAUACAGGACAUAGAGAGAGGAAACAGAGGCUGUGAGGGCAGCAGGGAUACAGGGCCACCACUACCACUGAAGACCCGUUCUGUGCUCCGGGGUGAUGAUGUCCUUCUGCCUUGUGACCAGCCAUCCAACCUGGCCCGGGCUUUGUGGCUACUCAAUGGGAGCAAAGGCCUAAGUGAUGGGCAGGAUGGCUACCGUGUGGGCGUGGAUGGGCUGCUAGUGACAGACACACAGCCUGAGCACAGUGGCAACUAUGGCUGCUAUGCUGAGGAGAAUGGCCUCCGUACCUUACUGGCUUCCUACAGCCUCACAGUCCGGCCCACCACUCCUGCCCCAGCUCCACAAGCCCCUGCCACGCCUGGGGCACAGCUGGCACCUAACGUGAGGCUGCUCUAUGUGCUAGCCAUUGCUGCACUUGGUGGCCUCUGCCUCAUCCUGGCCUCCUCCCUCCUCUAUGUAGCUUGUCUGCGGGGAGGCAGACGAGGACGAAGACGGAAAUACUCACUGGGUCGGGCUGGCCGGGUAGGGGGCUCUGCUGUGCAGCUGCAGACAGUCUCAGGCCAGUGUCCUGGAGAGGAAGAUGAGGGUGAUGAUGGGGAGGAGCCUGAGGGACUGGAGAGCAGCUGCCUCCAGAUCAUCCCUGGGGAGGGUGCCCCAGCCCCACCACCCCCACCACCUCCACCACCACCGGCUGAGCUGACCAAUGGGCUGGUGGCACUACCGAGCCGGCUGCGGAGGAUGAAUGGCAACAGCUAUGUGCUCCUGAGGCAGAGCAACAAUGGAGUACCAGCAGGGCCCUGCUCCUUCGCUGAGGAACUCAGCCGCAUCCUGGAGAAGAGGAAGCACACGCAGCUCGUAGAGCAGCUAGAUGAGAGCUCUGUCUGAGCCCAGCCUCCCCUAACAAAUUCUCUUCCAAGCCAGCCUGUGUACCCCAGGCUGGGCUGCUGCCUUCCCAACAUAGCCACCCUCCUUCACACCCCCACUCCAUGCCCUCCUCCCAACUUUUUGAUGUCUCUGUAGGGCUGGCCAGUCAGGCCCAGCCAAAGCCCCUUUCUCAGUCUCCAAGACCUAUGUAUGAGCAGCCCAGGCCCACCGGUGCUCCUCAGAGGUAGGGCUCUGCAGAUCCAGAUGACCUCAAUGUCACCACCCUCUGCACCGCCCUGUGUUCUGGAUCAUCCUGAAGCCAAAUAAGACCUCUGCUAGCCACCUGAGCCCUGCAUACAUUCACAUGUGCACAUGGAAGAAUGUUCAUCAGCUGGGCUGCAGUGUCCCACCCCACCCUCUCCUGCUGCAUUCUUGGUUUUCAUCCCUUCUGGAUUUGGGGUACCCUCCCAAUUGUCACAUCCCUAUCUAGUUGUCUGCUGCAGUCCCAGCCCCAGCCCCAUGUGUUGACCCCUUUGGCAAGAGCUUGGGAUCAGGCCAGCCUGGGAGGUAAGACUGCAUCAUUCCCCUCUUCUGCCUUCCUGUGCAGCCCUUGUGAGUCAGCUCCCCCCACCCCUUGGUCACAAGGAAGAGCAACAGAGCUCUUUCCCUGUGCAUAUGUGGAAACACACCCACCACACAUGUGCUUACAUUUCCAUCCACAUGCACCUCUGAGCCUCCCCUUGCUGCCUUGGACCUGUGUCUGGCAGGUUUGGUCCGUGGACAUUUCAAAGGGAGAUCCCCCUCCCAUUUAGCUGUCUUUGCAGACCCUUCCCUGGGACGAGUGACCAACACUGCACUCAAUGAGCCAGCCUCCCUUUUGGGGACCAAGCAUUUGCUCCCCUUAGGCCACAGCAGGGGGAGAAGAGGACUGAUGUCUCACCUGGCACACAAAGCCCGUUCUUGGAACUAUGCAAAGGGCAGAGGCUGGGAGUUUGGAUGCUUGGCUCCCACCCCUGUCCUACCUCACCGGGGCACUUUCAGAGUCCAGGGGCCUCUGAAGUCUUCAGGCCCAUAUGGGACAAUCAAUCCUGACUGAGCUCCCCCAUUCCCAUUGGGUGAGGAUGACUGUUAUUUUUGUAGCUGAGAACGUGGAAUCCCACGGGUUUUUACUGCCCUUCACCCAACCUCUCCCACUCCCCCACCCCACAAUGAAUGUAUUUAUUGUGAGAACGGCUGCAGUUCUUUAGGAAUGCCCCCACUCAUCCCCCGGUGGGUGGAAUAGGCAUGUGAGAGUGGGGAGCCUGGGCUCAGCUCCUCCCCCAAUGUUGGUUAAUAAAUAUCCUCUUUCCCCA